AAGCCUCUUUCAUUUCGUUUCUCAGUAAAAAGAUCUCCGAGUUCCAGCCUUGUUGCCACGUCUGCGGCGGCGACGACGACCGGCAUGGAAGCAAAUAACACCACUGGCGGAGAAGACGAACUGGACCUGCGUUGGACAUGGCAGGAUAUUUUUGGUCCGAGUCCCGCUAACACUCCACUCCCGAUGGAAGGGUGUGAAGUAGCCACGGAGGGAGGGAUUCAUGAUCAUGAAGACGCAAUGGAGGAAGGAGUUGAACACACUCCGGCUGCGACAGAAGGCGAUGAUGGGGCGGCGGAUGGCAAAACUGUGGAGGGUGAUCAAGGUAGGUGGUUAUAUAGCAUUGUCUCUUCAUGGUUGCUAAGUGGUUGUGUAAUGAAGCUUAACAAACAACACACAGACAAAUUUUUAUGUGGUUGUGUAAUGUGGUUUCUUUAUGUAUUUCGUUGUGAGUUUUCUGAUCAUAUGAGAACCCAUUAUGAAGUUCAUAGACUUGUAUAAUCUUGUCUUCAUUUCUUCUUGUAAUUGGUUUGAUCAUUCUUUACACUUGUCUGUAUUGCAUUGAAUAUUGUCUGUAUCAGAUAAUAUUUUAUUCAUUUGUUCUUGUAAUUGGUUUGAUGAUUAGUCUGUAUUUCAUUUGAUAAUGUCCG